UUGCGUGACAUCCCAUCCUACUUUGAAGGAGACUACACUUAGUCACAGGAUGGCAACUGAAAAUUCUCACGCAGCACAUACUCUGAAGCCAUAUCCAUAUCAGGUGGCUGGACAUGCGGCUCAAGGGGCAUUGAAAUUGACUGAUGAUGGAUGUGUCCUUAAACCAGUUCAGAGACCUCCAAAGGGGAUGAGAGAAGUUGUUUUCUAUGACACAGUAUUCAACCAAAGCGAAAAACGAGAGGAGAUACUACAGCUUAGAAGACUUUUGCCUUUUUAUCAUGGGAUUGUGGAAAUAGAUACAUCAAAGUAUUUAAAACUGGAGAACAUAACAAACAAAUUUGAUUUGCCAUGUGUGAUGGACAUUAAGAUGGGAAGAGUGACAUGGGAAGACAACGCAGAUGAAACAUUUAAGGAAAGAAGACAGAAAAAAUGGCCUCUGAGGGAAGUCACAGGUUUCAGCAUUCUUGGAUUUAUGGUCUACAACCACCAAAAGUGUUGCCAUGAACACUACGAUCGUGAAUGGUGCCAGAAGUUGUCUACAGUACAGGAUGCUGAAAAAUGCUUUCAUCAGUAUUUUGGAGGUGUACAGUUUGAUAUGACAUCGGACAUAUUGGGGCAGCUACUUACAAACCUUAUGGAUAUCAAACAGUGGUUCACAACUCAAAGACUCUUCAGGUUUAUUGCAAGCUCUAUCCUUAUUGUAUAUGAAACUAACUGCUCACGGAAGUUGGGAAAACACCAGAAAUCCCACGAACAGUCUGAAACAGUGGAAAACAUGCAUCAGCGUUCCCCAACAAACCUUUUAGUUGAUACAAAAAUAAUUGACACUGCCCAUGUAUUUCCAUCAACAGAUAUUGAUGAUAAUUAUUUAUUUGGCUUGGAGAAUUUAAUUUCAAUAUUUGAGAAAUGUAGACAAGAAUAUGCUGUCAAUUAAAGAUUAAAUUCAGCAAGGUAAAGCUGUGAAUGAA